GGGAGGAGCGGCAUUGCAUUUCUGGAGGGAGCCUUUGUCCUCACGCUAUAUGAACCCCCGAACGGCGUGUGGGGAGGACGACGCACAUGCGGCUGUACUCCGAAUGGGUUAAUAACCAGUGUGGUUUUUGUCGUCAAAGAUAGCUGAGGGAUGUGGUGAUAUUUCAAGCGUUCGUACAAACUCUUAAGAAGGACGUAGCUGAGGAAAAGUGUGGAAAUCUACUCAACGAGGUCUGAGACUGAAACACCAUGAGCUGGAGUUUUCUCACACGGUUGUUGGAUGAAAUCUCCAACCACUCCACCUUCGUGGGCAAGAUCUGGCUUACGUUAUUUAUCAUCUUCCGCAUUGUGUUGACUGUUGUGGGGGGAGAAUCGAUAUACUACGAUGAACAGAGCAAAUUUGUGUGCAACACCCAGCAACCUGGUUGUGAGAAUGUGUGCUACGACGCGUUUGCACCGCUCUCUCAUGUAAGGUUUUGGGUUUUUCAGAUCAUUUUGAUCACAACCCCCACUAUCAUGUAUUUGGGCUUCGCAAUGCACAAGAUCGCACGUAUGAAUGAUGAUGAGUAUAAGCCGAGGAACAGGAAACGCAUGCCCAUGAUCAACCGUGGAGCCAACCGUGAUUAUGAGGAGGCUGAGGACAAUGGUGAGGAAGACCCCAUGAUGACUGAGGAGAUCCUGCCAGAGAAAGAGAAGGCCCCCGAGAAGCCUGUCGCAAAACAUGACGGGCGGCGUAGGAUAAAGCGAGAUGGGUUAAUGAAAGUGUACAUCCUGCAGCUUCUAUCGCGGGUUAUUUUUGAGGUGGGCUUUCUAUUUGGCCAGUACAUCUUGUAUGGUUUCGAGGUCGCCCCUUCGUACGUGUGCACUCGCAGCCCCUGUCCGCACACGGUGGACUGCUUUGUGUCACGUCCCACGGAGAAAACUAUCUUCCUGCUGAUCAUGUAUGCCGUGAGCUGUCUCUGUUUGUCUCUCACGGUGCUGGAGAUUCUUCAUUUGGGCCUCAGUGGAAUCCGCGAUGCUUUUAGGCGACGUGCACGCCACCAGAAUGUUGCACGUCCCCGUGGUCCCAUAUGCAGACAGGUGCCUACGGCCCCGCCAGGGUACCACACCGCCCUGAAAAAAGACAGGCUGCCCAUGGGAUUGAAACCGGAGUAUAACUUGGACUCGGGUCGGGAGUCUUUUGGUGACGAGUCGUCGUCGCGAGAUUUUGACCGCCUGCGUAAACACCUUAAACUGGCCCAGCAGCAUCUGGAUAUGGCCUAUCAGAAUGGGGAGAGCAGUCCUUCACGCAGCAGCAGUCCAGAGUCCAAUGGCACCGCUGUCGAGCAGAACAGACUCAACUUCGCACAGGAGAAGCAGGGAAGCACAACUGAAAAAGGGAUACGUGCUUGAUUGAGACUCAUAGACUGUCAUCUGCUUUCCUGUGCAACAAAGCACCCCACCUGUGGAUGGCAUUGCUCAUCUUGAAAAGCGGAAAGUGUCUGUAUGUUUGUGUAUUUUAUGUUUGGCUGCUGAACUUUGUGUGAAGCCUCGUGAGACUGAGUGGAGCAUGUGUGUCCUUACGCACACUGGUGAAUCUGUGAGAACGUGUCGUGCAGUAUUAUGGCGAGUUAAAAUCUCAGAAAGCAGCAUUUCACCAGCCAGUAUUACUUGACAUCAGCCAGUCUGCCUGAUACUCCAAAGUGCCCAAAAGCUAGUUAGGAAGAUGUUUGUUAUUCUCCUCAGUCACUAGGCGACUGUGCAAUGUCUCUUGUUUCUUGUCAUCUCUUUUGUGUUUUUUUUUGUUUUUUUUGUUUUUUUUGGUUUGUUUUUUCAUAGGAAAAAUAAAUUGUGGUUGUUCCAUUUGUUUACCACACUUCUUAUGAAGUGCCAAGGGUUGCAUCUCAAAAAUGCCUUAAACUGGAGUUUACAUAUCUUUGCCAUUCCAAAAUGAGAUGGACGAGCCAGUGUAAAACCACAUCAGAUAUGUAGUUUAGUGUUUAGAACAGUUCUGUGUUUUGAGUAGUGGACCACAAUUAGUGUGUGUUUGUAACGAACAAAACGGAAACCUGGAAAAUGCUUGAAUACUUGUGAAUCAAUUAUUGAUCUACAAAGAAGCUUUUGAUUAUUUUAUUUGCAUACUGCGUACUUUACCUGUAUAUGAGAAGUAUUUUGGUAACUACCCCUGUUAUUUUGAAGAAGCUUCUCUGUAGGCUACAAUUUCAGUCUUAUUUUUUUGCUUUUGUUUACGUUAUUUUCUGAGGCUUUAAAUGAGUUUGGUUUGGCUUUCAUUUCAUUUGACCAACUCUUAGAGAGACAAACUCAACUUUCAGAGAAUGUCUUCACACAAUUGAAAGCACUAAUAAAGAAAAAUCAUUUGUUUUCAUUUUCAUUCUUUUGAAUAGUUUCUGUUCAGGUUGGUAUAUAGUUUUGCCUCCCUUAUGCAAAAACAAAUCUUAAGUUGGUCCAAAUGCAGUUUACAGUAAAUAGCAAUAAGGUCUCAGAGCUGAAAGCCAUAGAGCCUAAUGUUUUAUACAUGGUACCAAUGCAAUGUGUCAUCUUGAAACCGUUUAAUUCACCCAUGUCUGUUAACAGCCAGGAUUUCCAUCUUUUGAUACUUUUCUCCAGCAUCAUCUCAAUUUUUUUUACAUUUUCUACUAUUUUGUAAGGUUUUGUAAAAAGUAUUUUGUAAUCUAAAAUAAACCUUUUGCGUUUAAAAACUGCA